CCCCCUCCUUCCUCAGGGGAGUUGGUGCCGCCCGGGCAGGGGCCGCCAGACGAAAAGGCGGGAGCGGCCGCGCGCCAGGACCAUCGGCUGCUGUGGGGGAGGGGAGAUAACAUCAUCAGGAUGCCGGAUGUAGAGGAGCGCGGAUCCCAAAAAGAACCCGAAGAUAUGGAGAAAACAUCCCCGGCGGCGCCCACAACAUCCCAGGCAGUGCCCACAACAUCCCGGGCAGUGCCCACCACAUCCGUGCCUCCCCAGGAAAAGAACAGCGACCUUUCCGCCCCUCAUUCACCAAACCAGCCACCAACCAAGCCUCCAAGACUUUUCUCGGUCACCGAUCUGAUGGAGACAGCAAAGGAAGUUUCCAAGAUGAGCAUCGCCCAUGAGAUUGUGGUAAAUCAAAAUUUCCACCUGGAGAAGGUUACUUUACCCCCAAACAGCCUGGAAAGUUGGAUGAAGGAGACAAUGUACAGGGCUUUCUGGGAUAAUCUGAAAGAGCAGUUGUCAGCCAUCCCUCCAGACUACACCCACGUUCUCAAACUCCUGCAGGAAAUCAAAGAGAUCUUGCUGUCUUUACUGCUACCCCAUCACGCCCGCCUGCGUAGCCAGAUCGAAGAAGCCAUGGACAUGGAGCUCCUCAGGCAAGAAGCGGAACACGGAGCCCUUGACGUCCCUCGCCUCUCCGCCUACAUCCGGGGCAUGAUGGCCAUGCUCUGUGCACCGGUCCGGGAUGAAGAGGUGCAGAAACUUCAGAGUAUAACAGACCCCGUGCAGCUCUUGAGGGAGAUAUUCCAAGUUCUAGGUCUAAUGAAAAUGGACAUGCUGAACUUUACCAUCCGGAGCCUCCGGCCCCACCUGAAGGAACACUCAGUCCAGUACGAGCGGACCAAAUUCCAGGAGCUUCUUGACCGGAUGCCCAACGCACUCGAUUACACCGUCAAAUGGCUGUCCAGAGCAGCAGCAGAAGCCUCCCUCCCCCAGCCAACAGCUAUUCCCGACCUCCCUGACCCAGCCAGCACAUCAGCCCCCGGAGCGACGACCAGCUGCGGCUCGGCCACCCCCAGCUCCCUGACGGUUCUGAACCAGGGUUACAUGAACUUGCUCCACUGGGAACCUGGAAACCCGGAAUAUCCCGAGACUCUGCUUAUGGACAGGCUCCGGAUUCAGGAGAUCCAGUCCCGGGUGCAUGAUCUCACCAUCUUGGGGGCCGUCCUGCUUGUGACCGGCUGUCUCUGUGGCCCUGCCCUGGUCAGCUCCCCUCCGUUUAUAGAACGUCUGAAACGGGGGAUCAGCAUCCUCCUAGACGGCCUCCACUGGAGGCUCGAAGAGGCUUUGCUGAGUAUCAGCCACCUGGUGUCCCAGGAGGUAAGUCAGGCCCUCGUGGAGAUGGGCCUUCCUGCCCUGAGCAGCGACCAAGUGGCUUCUCUCAAGGGGCAGAUCCAGGGUUUAGCCAAGGCGGAGAAUUCAGUGCGGAAUGUCAUUGAGAAGCGGAUCCAUCUCUUUCUCAGCUGCUGUCUUUCCUGCGGCGUGCAGAUGUCUCUGAAGGACCUCCCGGGAGGCCUUCCGCCCAUCCAGGGGGAGCUGGCGGAAGUGGGUCACAGGUUCUUGCACGUGAUUAAUCACAACCGCCAGGUGUUUGGCCCCUACUACGCUGGGAUCCUGAAGAAACUGCUGCUCACCCCUGCUGCUCAGAGAGACCCCACCCUGCCCGCUGGCUUCUGACACGCCAAGCGGGGUUCGACGGGGUCCGAAGUUUGGAGAACCAGAGGACUUUACAGCAAGUUCCUCAAUGGUGCCGACGGCCACCCGACAUCGCCUGAGGUUAACGAAGCCGACGUCCCCCUCCAUCCACCCCACAGCCAGGACCUCAGGGGCCACGGGCGGGAACACCAAACAGCCAAACUUCUUUUCCCAAUAAACUUCUGAGCAGCAAGAA